GCAGUUUCCAGAUUAUUUAAAUCAAUGCCGAUGGAAACUUAAGACUAUUGAACAGAUUUGCUUCACGAAUGACGAUCUUCCUUUCUUUCUUUUGUCUUCUAAUUGUAAACCAAUGUACAAUCGUACGUGAUUAUCACAUACAUACAGAUGUACGUGCCUUAUUCCAACAACGUGAGUAAUACGCUAAUUUUUCCGAGACCAUAGCCGACACUAAAAAAAGUUGUUAAAAAAAAACAAGUUUUGCUUUUAUAAUUCUUGUCUUCAGCAUGAAGAAUUGUACUUAUAACUUUAUAUUUAUUUAUCAAACCAUAUCCGCAUUAUCGCUACGCAAGAAAUCUUAUCUGUGAUUGAAACGUGCAGUUCCAUGAUCUUCACCACCGCCGAUGUUCAAAGAUCAUACAAAACUCCUGUUAUACAAUAGCAGUAGAUAAACGAUCGUGAAAUAAACGAUAUAUAUAUAUAUAUAAAAGUCUUGUUAAAGGCCACUGUGCAUAUAAGAUUUAAUAAAUUAUGCAAUGUUUUUUGCAAUAACUACGUAUGCAAUAACUACGUAUGUCAUACGUGGCAUGACUUAAAAAUUUAUUCUGACAAGGGACAGUCUAUUUAAUACGCGGUGAUAUUAUUUAAUUUUAUAUAAAAUGCGGACAGCAUAUCUUCAUAAGAAUAUUGUUAAAACAAUGAAGAAGAAAUCAUAUCUUUUCAUCGGUCUAAUUGUAGUAAUGAUCUUGAUAACCUGUCUCUAUUAUUCAGUUACUUAUGACGAUUUUCAAAUUCAAAACAUAUUUCGGAAAAUGAUUCGUGAAGAGGAUUAUUUUGCAAAUGAAAUCGACAGGGCAAAAAUAUACAGAAAAAAAGGCAUAAAGACUAUUCUUUUGUGGAAAACACUCUUUGGAAAUAAGAAUUUUUAUUUCGGACAAAAAGAAGACUUUUUCCGCGAUUGUUCUUUUGAUAAGUGCAAAAUCUUUAACGAUCGGAACUAUAUGAAUGUGGAAGAUUAUGAUGCGAUUCUUUUCCACGGUAACGAAAUGAAUGACUAUGAAGUACCACAGAAGAGGAAGACGACGCAAUUUUACGUCUACGUUAAUUUGGAAAGUCCAGCCAAUCGAAAAGUGCAUCCGAAAUAUCAGAGAAACUUUUUCAACCUCACAAUGACAUACCGUCUUGAUAGUGACAUACUCUGGACUUACAUAAUUGUAGAAGAUAUAAAAAAUGGCGAAUUUGUUGCACCAUUGAAGGAUGUUGAUUGGAGCGCUUUUCAAAAUCAUACAAAUGCAAGAGAUGCGAAAGAAGUGUCAUCUGCAAUAUUGGACACCAUCAGGAAUAAAAGCAAGUCGGUAUCUUGGUUGGUAAGCAACUGCUAUGCUAAAAGUGGCCGACUGGAAUAUGUGAAGGAACUGUCAAAGCACAUAGACGUCGAUGUUUACGGCAGAUGUGGCAAAUUUAACUGCUACAACAAAGAUUGUUUUAAAGAUGUAAUUGAGGCCAACUACUUUUUCUACCUAUCUUUCGAAAAUUCCUUCUGCGACGAUUACGUGACGGAGAAAUUGGUGAAUCCAUUCAGGCAUAAUGUCGUCCCGGUGGUUUACGGAAGCGCCAACUACAGUCGGUUCGCACCGCCGAAUUCCUACGUGAAUGCUUUAGACUUCGAGAGUCCGAAGGAGCUUGCCGCGUACUUGAAAUAUCUCUCUCUGGAUCUACAGCGAUAUCAAAGCUUCCUACAAUGGAAGAAAUAUUAUCGAGUCAGAGGAGGGACAGAGCGGGCUGUUUGUACCCUUUGUGAAGUGCUGCAUAAACAGAAAAAGCCAAAACUAUAUUCGGAUUUAUCCGAUUGGUAUGCCAAAGAUAAAUGUAUUAUCCAGACGUUUUUGGAAAAUGGCACCGAUAAAUACGCCACGAAACGUAUGCUAAUGAAAUACGAACAGAAACAAGGACCGAAUUAUAAAAUUAAAACAUGGAAGCAUUAAUAAUGUAUUCAAAUAAAAUUAAAAGGAAAAUAUCCUGGGAUCAAUUAAACUUAAACAUUAAUUGUAAAUUGACGUAAUUCUGGACAUUACAAAAUAUAUAAGGUAUAAAUAAUAAUCAUGUUCUUUUUUCGUUACAUUAGUUUUAACUUCUGUAUUAAUGUAUGUAUAAAUGUAUUGAAUCGUAACAUAAUAUUUUUCGAAUCCAUCUUGUUACUAUUCAAAUUGAAUAGAACUUUGCAGAAAUGUAUCAGUGGUAGAUCUAAUUUAUCUUAGUUUCAGAAACUCUGAUUUGAAUACAUAGUUAAGCUUCUAUACGUGAUGAUAAGAUAUCCUCAUCUAUUAUCCUAUUAUGUAUAUUGAACAUUUUUAAGUCUUUAACAAGGUGAACGUACAGCUUCGACGUUUGACUUAUACAUCACUGAUAGGUCAUUAGACUGAGGAUAUAGUACAUCGAUAUAUUCACUACUCGCUUGAUUAGUCAAGAUCAAAGCGGCUAAGCUUCAUCACCCUAGCACUACUAUACUCCAAGAGUUCGAGGAUGACAGAUAUGUGAUUUGCUGAUUGCUUCACAUCCAUAGAGGAAAUCAGCUUUUGAAAAUUAUUAUUGAAAAUUCUAACGAUAAUGUACUAGACUGAAUAAAUAUAAAACAUAUAUUUGUAUAAAAGACUGAUGUUAAUUCUAUCGAGAAAUUAUUU